AUAGUUGAACCUGGAUUACUAUAUAAGCACAUUUGUGGUAGCCAUUUGUGUAUGUCUCCAUUCUUUCAUCAUUUCUAGUUCUUAUAGUUUUUCAGGCUUUGACCUUAAAAUCUUUUCGAAACUCUCCCAAUUAUGUCGAACCAACCAACUCGUCCAUGGUUCCGUUUAGCAUCCAUUUCAAGGCCAGCACCUCAAGCACCUACUCCAACACCUGAACCCGCGGCCGCUUCAGCCCCGCAACGAUCUGCCACUAUUCGACCUGCAUUCAGACCUGUGGGUGGUGCUUCUUCUGUUCCAACAUCACCUGUUUCUGUUGGUAGAACAUCUCAGCCGUCUUCCCCUUCUGAUAGAAAAGAAGCUAGUCCCAAAACUGCUUCAGUGCCUAAUUCCCCGGUGAAAACCUCGCCAACUGCAGCGAGGCCAACAACUUCUCCACCGAAACAAACCACACCUGCGUCAUUGCCUUCUUCUUCAGCCAAGCCAGUGGCAACUACUGCCGCCUCUGUUCCAUCUUCCCCAGCCAAGUCCGUGGCAACUACGGCCUCUGUUCCAACUUCUCCAGCCAGGACAGUUGCAGCUGCUGUCUCUGCACCAACUUCUUCUCCAGCCAAGACAGCCCCAACUACAACAUCGGUGACAAAUUCCACAACCCCAAAACCUGCCCCCUCUACGACGACUACGAAUCGUGUGGCCAGCCCCAAAGCGUCAACAAUUCCAACAGUCAAACCUGCCAUGCAGUCUCCAGUUCAAUCGACAAAGAUCAAAGCGCCAACUGCUCCACCACCUUCACCUUUGACUCUCCCACCUCCCCAGUUGAGAGGUCAAGCUGAGCUUGAACCCAAGAUCCCUGUUGAGGCAGAGCAAAAGACUGUGCUCGUUCAAAAGAUGAUUGAAAAGCCCAGGGGGCUUUUUGGUGCCCCUCAAAAGGAUGUUGGUGACACUCGCGACCCCAGCAUUCAUGGAAAGAAAGAACCGUCCAAGUAUGGUGACACGAAGGAGAAGGGUAAUGGGAAGAAGUUCCCUUCGGAUUCAGAGGAUGCCGGUAUGAGGGUCAUAACAAUUGCUGGUGAGAACAAAGGUGCUUUCAUGGAGUUGAUCAAAUCACCCCAUAAAAAUGGUUUUCAGGGCAGUCCUCAUCGGUUGGCGAAUUCUUCUAGGAUUGGAAGCGACGGCACUGACUACCAUAGCUACAGCAGCAGCGAGGAUGGGGAUGGGAAGAUGAAGGCCAAGAGCAACGGAUCAAACACAAUGCCUAUGAGUGCAUUUAUGAACAGCAAUGUGCAAGGCGUUAAUAACUCAAUUGUCUACAAUUCUUCAUGCACUCACCAUGACCCUGGUGUUCACCUUUCCCUCCACCGAAAACCAACCGCUGGCGGAUUCCAUGUCAAGGAGCGCACCAAUGGCUACAACAGCUAAAGAAAGAAAGAAAAAGAGCAAGACAUCAAGUGGGAUUUAAUUACCUUGGUUUAUUUUAAUUAAUUUAGGCUACAGUACUUGUGUUUUUGAGAAUAAACAAUAAUAUCUGUAAUCUGAGUGAUGGCUAAAGGGCACAUGGAUUCGGAUUCUUCAUUACCAUUCGUGGUGCCUGAUUGAAGAAGCUCCAUGUCCAGGCCUUUUUAAUAUUGAAAAGUAAGCUAAAUUCCGAGUGUAAUAAAAGUGGAGCAUUUAAAA